AUGGCGGCCAACGUGCGACAAACGAUGCAAACGAUAUCCGGCAACGGACAAACACGUGCGAACGGCAAAACGGGAAAGCGCGACAAACGUACUCGCCGUAGCAGACGAACAAUUCGAGCGCGGUGCAAAAAAACGAUGACGGGCGCCGUGAAAAAACUUCUAAAGACGUACAACGACUGUUUGUUAUUACUCGACCAGAGCGGACUACACGAACGGGCGGGCGGCUCAAUGGCGAACGAUAUUCGGCAACGGACAAACACGUGCGAACGGCAAAACGGAAAAGCGCGACAAACGUACUCGCCGUAG